AUGUCUGCUGAUAUAGAAACAUUCUAUGGUGGAUCAAUUCUGGCCAUUGCAAGUGACGAGGCUGUCGCUAUAAUGAACGACAAACGUCUUGGAAUGAGCUCUAUAACAGUUUCCAAGGACUUUACUCGGAUCCACAAAAUAGGCCCAAGGUUAUAUGUGGGACUUCCCGUAUUUGUCCCAGACACACAGGUUCUUCUCAGAAGCAUAAGAAAGAAUUACAACUUAUUCAAAUUGGAGGAGCAAAGAGAGAUGGAGCCUGAAGAGCUUACAAGUAUGAUUUCAUUUCUUUUGUAUUCAAAAAGAGAAGCACCAUACAUCACCUCUCCAAUAGUUGCAGGGCUGAGAAGCGAUGGUAAGCCGUACAUCUCGGGGAUGGAUAGUAUCGGAUCUAUAACAUCUCCUCGAGACUUUGUAGCAGCCGGAACUUCUGAAGAGAAUCUUAUGGGAAUUUGUGAGGCUCUCUACAGGCCGGGUAUGGACGAGGAAAACCUGUUUGUAACAUGUACUCAGGCAUUCCUCAAUUCAAUUGACAGAGACGCUCUGUCGGGAUGGGGUGCAGAUUGUUAUAUCAUAAGCAGGAACAAGGUUACUAAGAGACCGAUUAAAGGAAGAUGUGAUUAG